AUGGUUACUCUGAUGGAUUCAUCUACUACUGAAACAUUAUCAUUAGCAGUUCACAGUGACGAUGAUGAUGAUGGAUGUAUGUCAUCUCACAGCUCCGAUUAUGGUAAUUCAACUGAUUUAAUGACUGCUGCAAUGGGAGAUGACGUUACUGCCCAACUCGCUGCUGCAGGACCAGUUGGUAUGGCUGCGGCCGCUGCUAUAGUAUCAGCAAAGAAAAGAAAACGCCCACAUUCCUUUGAAACUAAUCCCUCAAUCAGAAAAAGACAACAAAAUAGGCUUCUUAGGAAAUUAAGACAAACAAUUGAUGAGUUUGCUACACGUGUUGGACAGCAAGCAGUUGUACUUGUCGCAACUCCAGGAAAACCUACAACUAGUUUUAAAUGCUUUGGAGCCAAACCAUUAGAAGAUGUUGUUAAAAAUCUGAGACUCAUGAUAAUGGAUGAGCUUGAGUCUGCUUUAGCUCAACAAGCCCCGCCACCAAUUCAGGAUGAUCCUUUACUUUAUGAACUCCCCCCUCUCAUUAUAGAUGGAAUUCCUACUCCAGUUGAAAAAAUGACACAAGCUCAAUUGCGAGCUUUUAUUCCAUUAAUGUUGAAAUAUUCAACUGGACGUGGCAAACCUGGAUGGGGUAGAGAAAGUACAAGACCACCUUGGUGGCCUAAAGAGCUUCCUUGGGCAAAUGUCAGAAUGGAUGCACGAUCAGAAGAUGAAAAACAGAAAAUAUCCUGGACUCAUGCACUAAGGCAGAUUGUCAUUAAUUGCUACAAGUACCAUGGUAGAGAAGAUUUACUUCCUGCAUUUUCAGAAGAAGAAGAGGAAAAAUGUCCAUCACCUGUAGGAGUUCUUAAAUUUCACAGUAGCCAAAAAUCCAGCAUACAUAGUCCAAACCAUAGUCCAUUGCAAUCUCAUCAGAUUACAGCACAGUAUGCACCAGCUGUUUUACAAACAAUUAGUAAUCCUGAUGGAACUGUUUCCAUAAUUCAGGUUGAUCCAAAUAAUCCUAUUAUUACUUUACCUGAUGGUACUACUGCACAUGUCCAAGGUGUUGCAACUAUACAUACUGGUCAAGCUGAUGGUACUGUCCAUACUGUUCAAACUCUUACUGAAGUUAGUAACCAAGGAGAUACUGUGUCUGUAGAUCUUAAUAAUUGUAAUGAUGAUGCAUUAAAUCAAGAUGGUCAGUUGAUUCUCACCGGUGAAGACGGGCGUGGAUACCCAGUUUCAGUAUCAGGCAUGAUUACAGUACCUGUUUCUGCAUCAAUGUAUCAGACAGUUGUUGCUAACAUUCAACAAAUACAUACUCAAGGAGAUGGGACUAUUCAGGUUGUUACUCCUAUGGUUCAUGUUCCUAAAGUUGAACCAGGAACAGGAUCUGGAAAUGAUGUUGAACCACUUUCUGCUCAUCAAAUUGUCACAAUGUCUAAUGGUAAUGAUCAAGUUCUUCAGGUCUUAUCUUUAAAAGAAGCUGCUGCUCUCUCUAAAGUAUUGUCCCAGCCACCGGAAUUGAAGCAGGAAGAUCCUUUAAAUUGUGAUUAGGAAUAUUAAUGGAUGUUACGUUAGAUGUGAAUAGGUGAGAAAAAGUAAAUAAUUCUCUAAAUCAUUACAGUGCCUCUAAAUCAUUUACAAUUUACUAAGACACUUAUGAUCUCUGUGAGGAAACUUUCAAAAAUUAUUUUUCUGGAUAACCAACUAGAAGUAGUCUAAAGAAUUUUUCUUAGCUUUUUUUCAAUGAGCAUUCAGAAUGAAAUUAAUAAUAAAACAUAUUUUCCAAUCAACCAUUCUGAAUUCAAACUGUGAAGCCAAAAUACUCUUCUGUUACAUUAUAUAUGAUCUUUUGGAAACUGUUAAAACUAAGUAUAACCAGAAUGUACAUCAUUAGCAGACUUAAAGCAUGUAUAAAAAUAUUACAAUUUUCAGACUAAGUAUAAUUAAUUAAUUUUACAUAACAGUAGAUUAAUUAUUUGCAUGAUAAAGUCACUUUUAUAAAGUUUAUUACCAAUGUUUUUUUUAAUGAAUUAAACAAUUUCUUUUUUUUUUUUUUAAUAUAGAACCCAACUAUUUAAGGGGGUCACUAAUGAAGAGCUUUAACAUAGUAAAAAAAGGCCUCUGUCUAAAAAUAAUUUAAAUUUUUCAUGAAUAUUAUCUAUAUUGAAUAAAGGAUUUUUGAUUGAUAAAAAAAUGUGAGUUGUAUUGUUGAUUGAAAUUUUAUUUAUUUUUUCUUUGUCAGAGCUGUAUUGCUAUUUAAUUGGAAAAUUAAGAACUGAUAUAUUGUUUGUAAAUAUCUCCUUUUAGUAGUUCUAUAGUACUAUUGGUGAACAAAAUUGCUAUCUGAUAGCUAAUAUCGAUAAAAGAAAAAUCUGAUGCAAGCGCUCAUUAUAAAACUUUCAUUUACCAUCCUACUUAGAAUAGAAAUAAAGCUACUAAGUUUAUGUCACUUUCUAUUUCCUUUUGAGGGAAUGGGGUAGCUCAGUGGUAGGGCACUGAGCUUCCAAUGCUAAAGGUCCCAGGUUCGAACCCUGACUCAUGGCAGAAAAAUUAUUUAUUCUGUUUCAUUGGCUGUGGGGCAACCCUGGGUAGAUACUCUCCUGAGGCCCACCCAGCCUCUAUAAAGUGGGUAUCCUUAAUUAAUUGAGAGAAAAAAACCUAGUGGUUGAGCGUGAUCUCGGUCAAAUCACCUCUUUGCACAACUGUAGAUCAAGAAACAGUGCUUUCUCUAAAUAUUACUGAACCCAAGACCCUUAAUGGCUUGUAGUGGUACAGGUUUUUCUUUAUUUCAUUUAUUUAUUUUUUUCUAUUUCCUUUUAAGACUGUACACAGUAUCUAACAAUACUAAUAUUUUUGGGAAAAAUGGAUCUUUUGGAAAAAUUCUAAGCUUUAUCGGAAAUAUCUAUCAUGAAAUUUAUUGAAGUGGUUAAUUUUUUUAAAUAAACAAAAUUAAUGGUACCUAAGAGGAAGACAUUUUAAAAAUUCAGCACUUAAGCUCUGGCAUACUAUUUCAAUGAACAUAAUAUCUACCUAAUAUCAAAGUCCACUUGAUUGUACAUGAAAUUUUCCUAACAAUAAUUUUUACUAAUACAUCGGUUUAUUAUGAUAUAUUAUUAAAAUUUAAACACAAUUUUUCUGUUUCAUUUAUUGAUAUUUACAACUGUAUACAUAUACAAUAAGUAAAUCUGCUAAAACAUGAUAAAAAUUACCCAUUGGGAGCACUUCAAAAAUUAAAUUAAUUUAGAAGGUACCUUGGGCAUCAACAAACUUAAAUUUAAAAUUAUUUUAGUUUUUCAAUUUUACAUUAGUGACUCCCUUAAUCUGUUUUCUUAUAAAAUUUGUUAUUUGAUAAAGGAUAUUAGAUUUUUUUUUUUUUUUUCAAUAUUAUUUAUUUAUUGAGGAUACAGAUCAUAAACACUAUAGCUAUUUGAAAAUAAUGUUUCAUUGUAAUUGUUUUAAUUUAUUAUAAUUAUUUAUUUGACAUGAUAGUUAUUUUAAACAAACAAUAAUUUUGUAAAUAUGUAAACUAAUGUUGCAACACAUGAUACUUUAAAGUUUAAUACAAUAACUAUGAAGAGGUAAUUUUCACUUAAGCUGUAUAUUUUUAAAUUACCAGUUAAUUUUGUUGACUGACAUUGAUGUUUAGACCAUAAGUUAUUUAAAAAUUUAAGAGUGUGACACAGUUUAAUAACUUCUUUUUAUAAUAAUGUGAAAAUAUACCAAAGAUUCUUGUCUAUUUUUUAAAAAAUAAAUAUUUUAUUAUACAAUAAUAGAUAUUUAAAUUUUAUUUCUGCUUAAAUGCAGUGGUAAUAUUCAAAACAUCAUGCAUGCUGUUUAACUUUUUUAAACCAUAUCUAUGUUGUUUUAAACAGCAUGAGAUUCAACAACCAACU